UCAGGACAUUUGCAGGAAAAUUGAUGGGAAGUGCAAGUUAUUAUCUCAAGCAACGAACCCCAGACUCAGAAACACAAAUACCACAUGGCUUUUCUCAGAGCAGACAAGCUCUAGACAUGUGCAUACAUGUACGAGCAGGAAUAGGCCAUGAGACUUGUGGGGGAAAGAUGACCUCAGGGAGAGUUUUAAUAAGGAUAAUGGAGAGUAAUGAAAUCCAUGUGACAUGAAGGCAAGAGGGGGUGGGAGUAGAAGGGAGCCAAGGGAAGUGGGGGCAGGAAACUAAGGGGCAACAAAAGCAGCUAUGAAAACUCUAUAGCGAAACCCAUUGUUUAUGUCCUAAUUUUUAAAAUAAUGAGAAUGCCGAUGGCCUGAGUUCUAAGCAGCUGUAACCCCUAGAUGAAGAGAAAGAGGUGGGGUUCAUCCUUAGGGCUCUGUCAAACAUGGUCUUUCAAACUCCAUGGCUGGGUACCCAAGUACUUACUGUCCUGCUCACUACACUGAUUCUGGAUACACCAGUGCCCUGUCCAGGCCCUAGGGAAAUUAAAUUCAAAUAUGGGUUCAACUUCUCAGAGAAGGGGAGGCUCCGCCUCCAGGACAUAACAUUUCAGCGUAGCCGGUCUCCAUCCGCCGUCAGGAACACCAUGGAAGCCCAAGGGAUGCGCCUUGCCCUGCGGCUCCUCACAUUUUCCCUGCUCAUGCAGAUGAUUUCUAGUGAUUUACAUUUUAAAGGACUCAGAAAACAACUGUGUGAAAGUGGGCAUCUUGGAGGGAAAACCGCAAUAUGCAACCACCCUGUCAAGAAGGGAACCUGUAACUUGGCUGUGUUCAGAUACUACUUCAACAAGAUAACAUCCUUAUGUGAGCCUUUCGUCUUCUCUGGCUGUGGGGGCAACAGGAACAACUUUAAAAGUAAAUACCUCUGCGAGUUCUACUGCGUUUUUAAACAGAAGGACUAAUCCAAAACCAGCCAGUCAAUCAGUAGGCAAAAGCAAACAGAGGAUGAGAAAAACGAUGCUGAAACCGUGCCGAG